AUGACCUCUCAACAAGAACUUGGUAUUUAUGAGGGGAGCGUCCUCUGCUCCUACACAGUCGAGUCUUUCCUCGGCGCAGGAGGCUUUGGUGUUGUGGCCAAAUGUUUCAACACCGAAACCAAGCAGCGCGUGGCCAUCAAGGUCAAUAAAAAUGGCCAAGAAUUUCACGAACAAGCCACAGUGGAAAUUGCCAACCUGAGGAAACUACAGCGUCUGGAUGCAGAUAAAUGCAACAUGGUAAAAUGGUAUGGAUCAUUUGUCCACAAUGACAGCAUCUGCCUUACUUUUGAGCUGCUGGACCAGAGUUUACAUCACUACAUGCGGUCUGGAGAGGUACGAUUUCUCCCUGUGACGGAGGUGAGGUCAGUUUUACACCAACUGGCCUCAGCUCUGUCUCACCUGAGCUUAAUCGACCUUAUACACGCUGACCUGAAACCUUUGAACAUCAUGGUUGUGGACCGCCAUCGUAAGCCGCUCAAGGUGAAGCUGAUCGACUUCGGCCUGGCUCGCUCAGAAUCAGCCUGUGUUGCUGGUGACUGGGUUCAGACCGUGUCUUACAGAGCACCAGAGGUACUGAUGCAGCUUCCCUUUGGUGAGGCUGUGGACAUGUGGUCUCUUGGUGUGACUACUGCAGAGAUGGUCACUGGAUACAAACUGUAUGCAGGAGAGGAUGACUAUGAAGUUAUGAGCCUAAUCACACAACUACAGGGCCAGCCUGAAGAUCAUCUCGUGGACAAAUCUAUAGAUCCUGAGUACUUCUUUACUCCACAAGAUGCUGGCCCACGGCGCUGGAGAUUUAAGACACUUGAGGAGUGUGGACUGAUAUCAGAAGAAAGGCCCAAUAUCAGGUACCACCAUCUCAACAGUUUGGAUGAUCUGGAAGAGGUGAUGGUUCAGCAGAGAGGACAUGACGAAGAUCACCAUCUGCUAGUGGACCUGAUUAAAAAGAUGAUGCCUGUGGACCCAGAGCAGCGCAUCAAACCCCAUGAAGUCCUAAAACAUCCCUUCCUGGCUGACACCAACUGCUCUGGAUACCACCAUGAAAGCACCUCCCAGGAUUCCUGGAAUGAAACUUUCACCAAAGAUAACAAGGCUGAAACAGCUAAUGACAGUAUCUGGUGGGAAAACCAACAACCUGAGGAUUCCUGGAAUGAAACUUUCACCAAAGAUAACAAGGCUGAAACAGCUAAUGACACUUUCUGGUGGGAAAACCAACAACCUGAGGAGAAAUGGACUGAAGAAGAGGAGAUUUGGAGAAGUCCUUCUCUGUCUUCAGGACCCAUGGACACCAACUGCUCUGGAUACCACCAUGAAAGCGCCUCCCAGGAUUCCUGGAAUGAAACUCUCACCAAAGAUAACAAGGCUGAAACAGCUAAUGACAGUAUCUGGUGGGAAAACCAACAACCUGAGGAGAAAUGGACUGAAGAAGAGGAGAUUUGGAGUAGUCCUUCUCUGUCUUCAGGACCCAUGGACACCAACUGCUCUGGAUACCACCAUGAGAAUUCCUGCAAUGAAACUUUCACUGAGAAUGAGGUUGUUAUUCCUAUGGGCACUAUCUGCUCGGGAUACCACCAUGAGACAGUCCCCCAGGAUUCCUGCAAUGCAACAUUCACUGAGAAUGAGGUUGCAAUUCCUAUGGACACCAUCUGCUCGGGAUAUCAUAAGCCUGAGGAGAAAUGGACUGAAGAAGAGGAGAUAAAGAAAGAAAGCUGGUUGGGAAGAGCUGUCAAAUGGAUUAGAGCCACCUUCAACUUCUGUUGUUUUAGGCUCCCAGACUGUAUGGUGUAA